AUGGGUAAAUCAUCUCAUAAAUCAAAGAAGAGGAAGAGGUCGUCGUCAGGGGACAAGUUAGCGGGUAUCGAGGAGAGGCUCACUCUUCUAAUUAAUCUCUUAUCGGACAGAGAGGUUGGAGCGCCAGGCGUCUCUUUUUAUUGUCCAUCUUCCAUUCCUGCAAACCACGAUGACCUUGCGUCAGGUAGCGAGAUUUGUUCAGGGGAUCUCUCCAAUGAGGAAGUUUCCGAGAUGACCCCCUUCUCGAACGGCGGCACUUUGGCAACGCCUGCUCGGCAGGAUAGGCCAAGCGAUCCGCACGUUUCAGUCCCGGAUAUGGAUCAUUCGGGAAAAGCUCCUCCUUCGCCCUCAUCUCUGGAUAUUCAGGUAACGGUCGUCAAUCCCAGGGCGUCUGACGAGACGGAUUUGUUGUCAAGGGAGCUUUUCGGUGCUGAACUAGAGAGUUCAGAGACCAUAGCCUGGAACGAUCGGGUCUCGCAAAAAUGGCGUGACCUCGUCCGUAGCGGAUUGGUGGAGGGUCAACGCACCAUCUUAAUUGACAAAUAUUCGCCUUCCAACGAAAUGGACUUUCUUAGGGCUCCAGAACUUAAUGCUGAAUGUAAGUCGGCUCUCAAGAGUAACUCAGUGGUCAAGAGAGACGAACACAGCUGUGCAAGCCAGAAUCAAGUAGGUGUGGCCUUAUUCGCAUUAGGAGAAGCUAUCUCAGACUUUCUCAAACCUGAGACUCAGAAUUCUCUGAGUCCCGAAGCCCGUCUAGCGGUAUCUAAAGUCAAUGACGGAGCUAAGAUCCUCGCAGAUCUUUUUUACCGUCUUUCAUUGUCUCGGAGGGCACAAAUAAAAUCUACUUUCAAUUUGCUGGCUAAAACUACUGCCGAGGUUAUUCCAGCGGACAAAUUGUUAUUCGGAUCUUCCUUUGGUGAAGAGAUUAAAAAGGCUACCACAAUGGAAAAAUCAGCCAAGGAUAUUACGAGAGCAACCUUGACAUUGUCCAAAAGAAUACAACAGCCAAUUAAGCAAUCGCAGACCAGCGAUAAGGAAGUCAGGGGCGUCGAGCCGCAGUCGCCGGUCGCCGAGUCACUCCAGGUCCCGUUCGAGGAGACAAUAGAAGAUUUUCAGGUACCUAUUGCCGGCAGAUUAUCUCUUUUCCUUACUAAGUGGAGGGAGAUUUCUUCAGAUCCAGUAGUUCUUCAGGCUGUUUCGGGCUACAGAUUACCUUUUAGAUCUUGUCCACCUCCUCAGACCUUUGAGCCAUUAAUUCAUUUAUCGAAGCCUGAGGAGGAAAAUUGUUACCGGGAAAUCAACAGUCCUCGUAGCAGGGGAGCAAUUGAGACCGUAGCAGACUGUGAAGGACAAUUUUUAUCGUCAUUUUUUAUAAUUAAGAAGGCCUCAGGCGGUUGUAGAUUUAUCUUAAAUCUCAAGACUUUAAAUAAAUAUGUUCUCGCUCCACAUUUUAAGUUAGAGGACUGGAGGACGGUUACCCGCCUCCUUUCUCCAAACGACUUUAUGGCCUCAAUUGAUCUGCAGGACGCAUACUUGCUAGUACCAAUUUUUCAGGACGAUAGAAAGUUCCUGCGGUUUCGUUUUCACGGACAACUCUUUCAAUUUCGAGCCUUACCUUUUGGUCUUGCAUCGGCGCCGUAA